AUGGUGCCAAAUUUGCCUCAGGUAGAUGUAUUUGCUGUCCCCGAGCCUCGCUACGGACGAUAUUUGUCCAAGGACUGGUCGUUGCGCUGGCCGCUGUUCCGGGCUCGACUUGCCAUCGAGGACGGGCCAGAUUUCCUCAAGGCCCAGAUUGUGGAUUCCGAAAGCGGCGAGCUAAUUGCCGAGGCACCAUAUAACGGCCAAGGCGGAAUCAGACUUUGCUCUGAUUCUUCACGGCAUUAUGUUGUUAUUGCUCGAAAAGGAGAGGUCAAUGCGGUACUCGGAAUUGGCUUUGUUGACCACAACCAAAGCUUCGAUUUCAGCCUCGUCCUACAGUCUUUUGCCAGAAGAAAAGCUGCCGAGCAGCGAAUGGAUUCUUCGUGGUCUUCCCGACUUGUGGCAUCUCGCGCAAGUAGCGAUACCACGAGCUCACCAUUGGCCCCGGCAUUGGCUCCUCCCCCCGGCUCCUCCAACCGCUGGUCCAAAUUUGACUCUGAUUCAUCCUCGGAGGACGAAGCUGUGGUUGAAAACAAACCUGAUGAUGGUGAAGAUGAUUUUGGAGACUUCCAGUCGUAG